AUGUCAAGUACUGUGUCCUACUGGAUUUUCAAUUCUGCAAGAAACAGCAUUGCCACAUUACAAGGGGGACAACGUUUAUAUUCAAGGUAUGCCUCAAAUAGGAUUAAAUCAAAAUGGAGGCUCUUUCCCCAGGGGCCAGUCACCCUAAAAAACAAUGCCUCAUGUGGUGGCAUUGCUCUGCAGAAAGCCUAUAGACACACAUCAACAGAGGAAGAUGAUUUCCACUUGCCGCUCAGCCCUGAGCAGGUAAAUGAAGUGCUGCGAGCCGGUGAGUCGGCCCACAAGAUUCUUGACCUUGUCAGUGGAGUCCCAAGUUCGGUGCUGCGGUUUGAGAGCAACCAGCUGGCUGCCAAUUUCCCAGUGGAGGACCGGGGAGGUGUAGCCGCCUGCCUGCAGACCAAUGGGCUGAUGUUUGGCGUCUUCGAUGGACAUGGUGGCCACGCAUGUGCUCAAGCGGUGAGCGAGAGGCUCUUCUACUAUGUGGCAGUGUCACUGAUGUCCCAGCAGACGCUGGAGCAGAUGGAGGGGGCGAUGGAAAGCAUGAAGCCCCUGCUGCCCAUUCUGCAGUGGCUCAAGCACCCAGGGGACAGUAUCUACAAGGAUGUCACGUCAGUGCACCUUGAUCACCUCCGUGUCUACUGGCAGGAGAACCUGCACAUGGAAAUGGGGCUGAACAUUGAGGAAGCAUUAAUGUACUCCUUCCAGAGGCUGGAUUCUGACAUCUCACUAGAGAUCCAGGCCGCCCUGGAAGAUGAGAUGACCAGGAACCUUUCACUCCAGGUUGCUUUCUCAGGGGCAACAGCUUGCAUGGCCCAUGUCGAUGGAGUUCACUUGCAUGUGGCAAACGCUGGUGACUGCCGGGCCAUCCUUGGUGUCCAGGAGGACAAUGGCAUGUGGUCUUGUCUGCCCCUCACCCGGGACCACAAUGCCUGGAACCCAACCGAGCUGUCACGGCUAAAGAGGGAGCAUCCUGAGUCAGAGCACAGGACAAUCAUCAUGGACAACAGGCUGCUGGGUGUCCUCAUGCCCUGCAGGGCCUUCGGGGACGUCCAGCUGAAGUGGAGUAAAGAGCUGCAGCGCAGUGUCCUGGAGCGGGGCUUUGACACCGAGGCCCUCAACAUUUACCAGUUCACCCCCACACACUAUUACACUCCACCUUACCUGACGGCCAGGCCUGAGGUCACAUACCACAGGCUGAGGCCCCAGGAUAAGUUCCUUGUGCUGGCCUCUGAUGGCCUGUGGGAUGUGCUGGGCAAUGAGGAUGUGGUGAGGCUGGUGGUGGAGCACCUGGCUGAAGUGUGUCGGCACAAGCCAGACCUGGCCCAGAGACCCGCCAACCUGGGACUCAUGCAGAGCCUGCUGCUGCAGAGGAAAGCCCAGGGGCUCCACGCCACCGACCAAAACGCAGCCACACGUCUGAUCAGAUAUGCCAUAGGGAGCAACGAGUACGGGGAGAUGGAGCCUGAGCGGCUGUCAGCGAUGCUGACGUUGCCGGAGGACUUGGCAAGGAUGUACAGGGAUGAUAUCUCUGUCACUGUGGUGUAUUUUAACUCAGACUCGAUUGGUGCAUCUUACAAGGGGAGUUAA